AUGGACCGAAGAGAUAACAAUGGUAAUAAUAAUAUACUACAAUCAAGCAGACAAAAAAGAAGUUUAAAAUCAUUUGAGAGACAGUGUUUAAAACCAGUGUAUAAAGAAACGGUUUUUUGUAAAAAACAUUUAACACCAUUAUAUAAAGACCAUAUCGAGAAAUUAAAGAGUGAUGGUUUGUCAAUUGAUCAAAUAGUAAAUAAUGAGGCAUGGUCAUGGAACCCGGAUAUAUUAAACAAAAAAGAGGAACAGCUUCAGCAGAAACACCAGCAACCACAACAACAGCAACAAUUAGAAAAAUAUACAGAUAGUGAGGAGUUUGUUUUAGAUGAAAGUUUAUUACCAUUUACAGAGUUUUUAAAUAAUAAUACUAAAAGAUUAAACUCACUAAGAAAAAAGAGAUUAAUAUCAUCAAAAUUAAAUAAUAAACCAAACAGCAAAAAAGAAAAACCACUGAAGCAAAAAGUAACCAAAAAACAGGAAAAAGUAAUUUCUAUAAAAAAAACAGAGACUAUAAAAGAAAUAAAUAAAGGACAGAUAAAUAAUAAAAUACCACCAAUACCACAGCAACCACAACAAAUAAAAAUAAUGCCACAACAAAUGAUUGAGGCAUCAGUUACAACCACCACCACCACUACCAAUACCAAUGCCACCACUACAACAUCAACCACCUCUACAAUACCAAAUAGUAAUAUCAGCAACAAGGAAGAAAUAAAGAAAACUAAUCAAAACAUAUUUUUCAACAAAGUAUCAAAUUUAAUGGAUGAUUUAGGCUGGUCUUUGGAUGAUGAUGAAGAGGAGGAAUAA